CGGAAAACACCCAGAGCUUAAAUGACUGAAGAGACAGUACUACUCUUCAGAUGUUUCCUGAAAGCUUAGAGUUUGAAUAUUGAGAGGUAAUAAUCCCAUUCGCACUCGCAGGAUCCACAUUUGAAAGGUAAACUCCCACAAUCUCGCAGACCUACACUUCAGAAACCAAAAACCCCUUUCUCCCCAAAAUCUCAUCUCAACAAUGGCGGCAACAUCAACUCACACUGUUCUUCCUAUUAAACCCACGCAAUCUUCAAUUUCCAUCAAAGGGUUCUUAGAAAAACUUGAUUUCAUAAAGUACGAGUUACCAAAAUCUAGGGGUUUUGGACUUCAGCAGAAAUUUAUUGUUUCUGCUAUUAAAGAUGCGGUUUCGACCACAGAACCUUCAUCUUCUUGGGGCAGGUCUUGGAUAUUAAGUUAUCAAAAAAUUGGGAAAAAAAGGAGGAACAAUCUUGGGUUGAUUUGAGAGUGAUGUGCUUAGAGUUUCCAUUGGAGAAUGAAGGAAUGCAAUGAUUAUGUUAUGAAUUACAUUGGUAUACCAGUUCUGAGAAGGAGAGCAUAAAGUCUAAUUUAGACGUCAUACAGUUUCUGUAUUUGUUGGUGAUUAAAAUGGAAUGAUAAACCGAAUUGCAGAAGUAUUUGCUAGAAGGGGUUAUGAUGUUGAGUCGCUUGCUCUCGGUUUGAAUAAGGACAAAGCACUCUUCAGAAUAGUUGUUUCUGGAGCUGACAGUGUUACAGCAAGUGGUAGAGCAGCUUCACAAGAUUGUGAAUGUCUUGAAGGUGGAAAAUCUCUCAUCGGAACCGCAGGUAGAACAUGAACUGAUGCUUGUCAAACUCAAUGCUUAUGAAAAUAAUCGUGCAGAGAUAAUGUGGUUGGUGGACAUAUUCAGAGCAGAAUUUGUCAACAUUUCUUAGGACUAAGCUAAAUAUAAAGGAUGACUAGGAACUUGAUGGCUAUAAAGGCAAGUAAGUCAUAAUUUGGGGGAUUUUGUGGAAUGCUGGAUCUUAGUUGAGGGUUUACAUGGGGUGUGCUGUCCUGUUUCAAAGGAUUUGGAGCAUAUGGUGAUGAUAUUGGACAGUUGGAGAAGGUUAUACAAUCUGAUCAAAAAUUUCAGAUCAAACUUUUUUCAUGAAUUUUUCUUCAAGCAUCUUAGAAUCAUAGACAAUUGCAGGAAGAUAGAUCGAGAAAUUGAUGUUAGGCCACGAAAGAAGAAAACAUUGUCAUCUAUGACGACUGAGAUGAUGGAAUGGCAGAUCCAGUCAGUUAUGGGAAUUCUGGACGUGACAUUGAACAAGCACUUGUUGUUCUGAAGAAAGGCACUCAACUAAUCAAGUAUAGUCGCAAAGGGAAGCCUAAACUUUGUCCAUUCAGAAUAUCCCCUGAUGAAGCAACACUUAUUUGGUACUCACGUGGAGAAGAAAGAAAUUUGAAGUUAUCUUCCGUCUCACGGAUUAUUGCUGGGCAGAGAACUGCUGUCUUUAGGAGGUACCUGCGCCCUGAAAAAGAAUAUUUAUCGUUUUCUCUUAUCUAUAAAAACGGGGAAAGAUCUCUUGAUCUGAUAUGCAAGGACAAAACUGAAGCAGAGGUGUGGUUUGCGGGUCUUAAGGAAUUGAUAUCCACAGGCCAGCAAAGUAGGCGUAGCAGAAGUGAACUUCCUGAUUUUCAAGAAGGUGGCCUUUUAUUUGGUGCAGCAUUAGAAGUUUCUUCAACUCUUUCCCGUGAAAAUCCUCUGAAUUUGAUAAGCCCCGAUGUUGGGUCAGAUCGUGCAAGUAUGCAAAGACCAAGUAAUGCAGAGGGUGGUUUCCGGAUUAGUGUUUCAAGUGCAGCUCCUAGCUAUUCAAGUCAAGGUAGUGGACCAGAUGAUAUAGAAUCUUUAGGUGAUGUAUACGUUUGGGGAGAAGUUUAUAGUGAUGGGAAUUUGAACGAGGGGUCUGUGACCUCUUUCCCUUCAAAAAGUGAUGUGCUUCUUCCUAAGCCCUUAGAGUCAACUGUAGUUCUAGAUGUACAUCAGAUUUCUUCUGGUUCUAGGCAUGCUGCUCUUGUAACCAGGCAAGGUGAGGUUUUCUCAUGGGGUGAACAAUUUGGUGGACGGCUUGGUCAUGGAAUUGAUAAAGAUUGCAGUUGUCCUCGUCUGGUUGAAUUUUUGGCAGUGAACAAUGUGGAAUAUAUUGCAUGCGGUGAGUAUCAUACAUGCGCUAUAUCUACGGCUGGUGAUCUAUUUACGUGGGGGGAUGGUACCUAUUUCGCUGGCCUUCUUGGUCAUUCCACUGAAGUUGGCCACUGGGCACCUAAAAGAGUUUCUGGUCCCAUAGAAGGACUUCAAGUUUUGUCUGUUGCAUGUGGGUCAUGGCAUUCAGCACUGGCCACUACAAGUGGACAAUUGUUUACAUUUGGUAACGGGGCGUUUGGUGCUUUAGGCCAUGGUAAUCUCGAGAGUGUUUCAUUCCCAAGAGAGGUUGAAUCUUUGAGCGGCUUUAAGGCUGUUAAGGUUGCAUGUGGUAUCUGGCACACUGCAGCUGUUGUAGAGGUUAUGGGUCAGCAAGGAACAGCUAUAUCUAGAAAGUUAUUCACGUGGGGUGAUGGUGACAAAUACCGAUUAGGUCAUGGGGACAAGGAUGCUCGUCUGGUUCCUACAUGUGUCGCUCCACUUAUUGAUUACAAUUUCCUAACGAUGGCAUGUGGAGAGAAUAUAACUGUUGCCUUAACAACAUCAGGGCAUGUGUUUACCAUGGGAAGCACAGCUUAUGGUCAGUUAGGCAAUCCAUUGUCUAAUGGUAAAUUACCAUGCUUGGUACAGGAUAAAUUAGUUGGUGAAUUUGUUGAAGAGGUUUCAUGCGGUGCAUGCCAUGUUGCGGUCCUAACAUCAAGAAGUGAAGUUUUCACCUGGGGUUCUGGUGCAAAUGGUAGACUGGGGCACGGGGAUACUGAUGAUCGCAAAGCUCCAACCCUAGUUGAAGCCCUCAGAGAGAGGCAUGUUAAAAGCAUUUCAUGUGGCUCGAAUUUCACUGCAAGCAUAUGCAUUCAUAAGUGGGUGUCAGGUGCAGACCAAUCGCUAUGUUCUGGGUGUAGGCAAGCAUUUGGUUUUACCAGAAAGAGACAUAACUGUUACCAUUGUGGUCUGGUGCAUUGUCAUGCUUGCAGUUCCAAAAAAGCCUCAAGAGCUGCAUUAGCUCCAAUUCCAGGAAAGCCACAUCGUGUAUGUGAUUCUUGUUAUACGAAACUUAAAGCAUCGGAAAAUGGCAGUGUCUCUUCCUCUAUUAGGAAGAAUUUAGGUCCUCGAAGAUCAAUGGACAUCAGGGAGAGGUUGGACAAGCUGGAUCUAAGGCCUUCAAAGCCUCUGUUGUCUUCUGGUACAGAAGCACUGAAGCACCCUGAUGUCAGGUCAUUUAAGCAAGGUGGAGCGAGAUUUGAUUCUCUUUCUACAACAGGAGGUUCCCAAGUUUCGUCUCUCUCCCAACUUAAAGAUAUUGCUUUUCCAAGUACAUUGAGCGCAAUUCAACAGGCUUUAAAGCCAGUUGCUACCUCUGCACCUCCUCAGCCUCAGGCUGCAGUACCUUCUAGACCGGCUUCACCAUAUGCGCGAAAGCCAAGUCCUCCACGCUCUGCGACUCCUGUAUUUUCUAAGAGUAUUAUUGAUAGCCUCAAGAAAACAAAUGAGCUUUUGAACCAAGAAGUCACGAGGUUGCAAAACCAGGUUAAGAGUUUGAAACAGAAGUGUGACACUCAAGAGGUAGAGCUACAGAAAUCACAAAUAAGAGCAGAGGAAGAAUCGUCCAAAUGUAUACAAGUGAUGGAAGUAAUCAAGGCUACCGCUGCCCAGUUGAAGGCGAUGACAGAAACAUUACCUGCGGAUGUGUAUGACAGUGAAACAUUAAGAGCCAUGCAUAGUCAAGUGGAAGCUCUGCUACAAACCAACGGAAUGGACACAUCAGACACAUCUUCCUUCCGGUUUAGAAGCUCAGGGGCUGACCAUCAACAUAUGGACAAGCCUCCUUUGGCCAACGGAUCUUCUAGACCAUCUACAUCUGCCAUCAUACCUCAUCAAAGCAAUGAGAAUGGUGUUACAACACCUAGGAUUUCAUCUGCUAAUACAGGAGUGGAAGUGACAGAACAAUUUGAAUCUGGUGUCUACAUAACUCUAGUUCAACUACUAAACGGCACCAAAAUUUUCAGACGUGUCAGAUUUAGUAAAAGAAAAUUUGAUGGGCAACAAGCAGCAGAGUGGUGGAAGGAGAACAGUCAUAGAGUGUUUAUGAAGUACAGGAAUCUUGGGGGUGACAUUACUCAAAUUGGAUCCUCCAGCAAUGGGAAAACUGCUGAGCAAGAAGAUUUGCCGAGGCAUUCAGUAAACACAAAAGCUGCUGAGGAAGAAGAGCCAGGCACGCCUUCUGCCAAUGCAAAAACGGCCCAGGAAGAAGAGCCAGGGACACCUUCUGCAGACAGGAAAACUACCAAAGAAGAAGAGCCCUCUGCAAAUGCAACAAAUGAGGAAGAAGAGCCAGGGACACCUGCAGCAGACAGAAAAACUACCGAGGAAGAAAAUCCUUCUGCAAAUGCAACAAAUGCGGAGGAGGAAGUGGUCGAUAAGCCUUUGGCUGAUGAAACAACUGCUAAAGAAGAAGAAGCAACAACACCUUCUGCCAAUGCCACCGGUGAUGAAGAAGAGGCAGCGCCAACUUCUGACAAGGAAACGGGUGACAAGGAAAAAGAGCCUGCACCACCUCCUGGAACCUAGUUUCUAUAACUGGAGUUGAUCAAUUUAAAGAAAGAACGUGUACGUCUAAAAGAAGAUAUAUGGUGUUAUGGAUAUGAGAUUAGUCAGCAUGCCCCUCAGCAGUACAGCUCGAGAUUCAUUUUUAACCCCAAAAAUUAGGUAGGUAAGCAAUUUUUGUCAUUUUCAUUUGAUUCAUCUUACUGCUGAAAAAUGUUGCAGCAAGAUACAGUUUCUUACUUUAACUAGAGCUCGUUACAAAUACAAGCAAAACACUCCAACACAGAUAAGAUGCAUAACAUAACUAAUCAACCCAUACAAUGAAAACAGAGCAAGCACAAUUCGGAAUUUAUUCCUUCAUAACUAAAAAAACAGUUGGCAAAAUCGGAGAUUUAAAAUUGUAUAAAGGGACAUCCUAAAUCAUUCUUUCAUCACAAAAUUUCAAAAUCAUUCUUUCAUCACGAAAUUUCAAAACUCGGCACCUUGCGACUAACAUAAUCAUACACAUCAACUGUCACUGGAAUUGCAUAAAACACAUAAUCAUACACAUCAACUGUCACUGGAAUUGCAUAAAACAUGUUGUUCAGAAAAGAAUCCCUAUUUCGGCCAUGCAUGUAACAUAAGCUGCCAACAGAUAUCAGCUAUGGUUCAAGAAACGAGCUACAUAUCUUAUACUCUCCUUCUGAUCAUUAUGGGUGAUGAAGGUUUGAAAUUCGAAUUUCUCA